AUGCUGGCCCAGUCCCCCGCCCCAAAGUACGCGCCUCACCCCGGCGAGCUCUCGGGCGAAACCUGGCCCAUGUCCAUGGCCGACAUGACAGAGGAGCUCCUCCGCACUCGCAACCGCAAUCGCCACAACUCGCUCAUCCACUCAAGUGCGUACGACAACCGUGCAGAGGCCGCAGCAGGUGCCGCAGCCCUUGUCGGCGCGACACACACGGGUCCUUCCCCCUACGCAGCUCCAGCCGCCCCAGCCGCGCCAUCGCCGUUAUCCGGGUCUGCCCAGCCGCUCGAGCGCGCGCCUCCCGCGCCAGCAAUGGCAUCGCCACCCCUUGCCGUCUCCGCGCAGCUGCAGCAGAACGGGUCCGUCGCUGGGCCGCAGCGCCGUUCUCAGCUUCCACCGCUCCGCCUGCCCGUCAGUCCCUUCCUCGCCGACGACUAUGUUCUGCCGAGCGUCGUCCUUACGCCCCCACCAGACGACCUAGAUGCACCCGUUACGCUAUACCCGCGAGCUUCCCCCGACGGCGACUACCCUCAGCGCGGCAUGUCCACCCCUAUACUGAAUGGCGCAGCGGUGCCGUCACCCCCCCGCUCAGCCUCCCUCCCAGCCAUCUCCAACGAAGCGGUGCAGCAGCGGGGUCCACAGCCGCCGGCAUCAGCCCAGGCUGGCCCGGCCUCUGUUAUGGGCUUCCAAAAGCCUACACCUCCCUUCGGGCGCAAGCACCGUUCAUCCGUUGCCGCUGUCGUCAUGCCCAAGAAGGCCGAACAGGUCAUAAACGAGAUGGAGCGCAAGAGCGGCGCACGUUUCGACGCCGAGUGGAACGAGCUCGUGGAGGAGCUACCGUCCCCGUCCCAGUCCCAGGCGAAUGACGCAAGGAACGCACCAGUGAACAACCAGCCCAAGACGGGCGCGCCUCUUCCAUUCCCCUCCCGCCCAGCGCCGCCCCCGCCAUCGCAACCAUUCCCUCCCACUCAGCAGUCGCGAUCACCACGGCAGCAACAGCGAUCCGUUUCCGCUCCGGGUGAGCCCUUGCGACCGGAGACACCGAAGACUCCCAAGUCGAAAAAGGGCAAGCUGCCCAAGGAGCCGUCUACCCCCACAGAGGCAUCGUCGAAGACGCCCAAGGCUCAGCGCCGCCGUUCCCUCUCUCUCUCAGCGCUCUUCUCGCGCAAGAAGAAGCCCAACUUUGACGAUCUUCCGCCCAUGCCAAUGCCCCCGACGCCCAAAACGCCCCAGCGUACAGAAGCUCCCCAGCUUCCAGACAUGCCAAAGUCGACCACUUCUGAGAAGCGCAAGACUCUUCUCAAGCGCGCCUCGUUCAAGGACCUGUUUGGCGGUAGCAACAGCGCCGAGCGCAAGGCUCUCCGCAAGACGCAGAGCAAGCCUGAGCUGCACACUGGCAACCGUCUCGUAACCGAGGACGCGCCCCCUGUGCCUGCCCUCCCCUCAACGGCGCCUGGUUUCACGGCUCCACGGGAGAACAAACAAGUGGUGCCUGAUGCGCUCGCGGCUCUCACCGCCAACUCAAACACCGCCCCCAGCGAGCCCGCCGUUGAAAUGGUGCCGGACCUCUUCGCUGCAUUCAACUCCAGCCAGACCAGUUUGCAGCAGCGUGGCGUCAGCGCUCAGCUCAAGGGCAUCAGCGCCCCGUCUAACCCGCGCCGCGCUGAGUCGCCGUUUGCCAACUUUGAGCACUCGACAGAGUUCGCUGCGAGUCAGCAGCGUCUACGUCAGGCCAAUGGCAGCCAGGUCAGCCUUACUGCCCCUGCGACUGAGGCCAAGCGUGCCCCCUCACCUUUGGCACACUCGCCGCAGAAGCCGGCCGAGAAGGAGGAGGACCCCAAGGCUCACCGGCGUUCGCGCUCCCUCUCAAAGCGUCUGUCCCUUAGCGCCCUCUUCUCGAAGAAGAAGAAGGACACCGACCCGGUCCCCGACAUGCCUACCCUGCCUUCAUCGUACCAGCGUGCGGUCCCGGCUCAGCAGCCACCCGCUCGUCAGCAGGCUUCAUCGCAGCCGGGCAGCAUUCCCAAGUCAGCCUCGGCGCAGGAGCUGCCCGCUGUCCGUGCCUUCUCCCCAAUGAUGAACGGCACCGGCGAGAAAGCUCGCCCUGUCAGCGCUAAGCCGCCUCCUCGUACUCCAACGACAGCUCGCGUUCCCGUGCCUCGCAUGGAGAACGGCGCCGAGGCCGUGAGCCCAGAGAAGCAGGUGCCAGCUCCUCCCUCCGAGCAGGAGGGCCCGUCCUCGACUGUUAAGAAGUACCCGGACCCGAACAUCUCCAAGCAAGCGCCUAUGCCUCCUGCCAUCGCCGCUGCUGCCGCCAAGCUUCGUGGAGAGUCUGCUCCUAUCAUCUCUGCUCCCGCUCACGUCGACGGCCCCAAGACCGACGAUAGCGCCACACUCCAAGCUCGCCGCGAGCAGUCUACCAUUCCCUCCUCUUCGGCCGAGUACCUCCGCCAGCAGCAGGACGCGAUCGCGUCGCACCAGCAUGCCCAACAGGCGCUGGUGCAGCAGUUCCGCUCUGCCUCCGAGCCAAUCAGCGCCGGCCCUCCCCGCUCGGCGUCGGAGCAGUCCUUCCAGCGCGCCGCCAACCCCUUCGCGGAACAGGCUCCGUCGGCUGAGGUUAUUCAGCAGGCUGCGGCGCUCGUGCGCAAGCCUGCGCCAAUGCAGGUUGUGCAGAGAGCCGAGGCCGAGUACCGCAAGGACAAGGAGCACGCUGAGAAGAUUGAGAAGCUUGACGAGAAGCCGCUUCCAGCCUCUUGGACGACCUUUGACAGCGAGCCGAAACCGCAUACCACUCAGCCGCUCAAGAUUACCAAGAAGAGCAGCCUCAGCGCUGGCUCCAGGGACAAGGAGACUGCGCCCCUCCGCAUCAACAAGGAGCAGCCGAUCUCGCCGCCCCUCCCCGCUGCUAUGGCUGGUGCUGCUGUCGCCGGCGCUGCAGUUGCUGUCGUCGUCACUCCCACUGACGCCUCCAAGCCUGGGUCUCCUGGCAAGCCAUCGUCGCCCCAGUACAAGGAGAACCCUUCGUUCUCGUUCCCGCCCAAGCCCAAGGCUGGUGCGCCGACGCUGUUCCAGCCUGCGCCCAAGAUCCGUCGCGUGUCGGUGCCGCCUCUCCAGCCCGAGUCGCUCAACUCGCCGCACUCAGCCAUCCCCGUGCCUAUCCAGGAGGCCGGCGGCCCGUUCUCUGACACGCCUGCCCAAGUGCAAAGCACUCUGGCUCCCAGCCCCGCCCUGGUGAAUGCUACGCUCGACGCCGAGCCUACCGCCGCACCGAUAAUCAAUAUUAUCACGGCUACUCCGGCGCACUCGCCCGCUCCGUCGCACGCGGGUGGCGAGUCUUGCGAUUCCACAGCCCACCGCGACGUCGUGUCGCCCGUGCCAAGCGAGACCUCGCGCGCUGUCGUUACCACAGCUGUGCGCACGUCCAUCGUCCAGACAACCCCUCCAGUCCUCACCUCAGCUGCCAACAUGGCAAUGUUCAACGACAACGACGAACGACCCCAGCCUGGCUCGCCCUCCGACUCAGAGUUCACUCUUCCGACCCUUGAGUCACACUCGCCCUUCGCGAGCGAGGAGGCGACUCCGACCGACGAGUCAUUCAAUCAGAGCACCACGCCCACCAAAUCGUCCGGCAUGCCUGCCGUUCUCGUUGCUGGUGCCUCUGCCUUGGCCGCCGCUGCCACUGCCGCUGUCUCUGCCGUCUCUGGCAAGUCCGAGUCCAAGGAGGCAGAGGUCCCCCCCGUCAAGGAGGCCCAGAAGACUGAGGAGCUCAUGGACCCUGUUGAGCCAAAGACACCUGACUCUGUCGUAGAGACCGCAUCCGUCGACCACGGCCUUGCAUACCUCGACAGCAGCUCGGUUGACACUCACGAGUCUGUUCAGACGCCCGGCGUGCAGCCCAACGCAGGCUUCCUUUCACUGCGCCCUGUGACCGACGAGGAUAUCUCAGCCGCCAACGAAACUACUUCCGAGGAGGAGGUCGACACUCCCGUCGCCAAGGUUAAAGGAACUCCAGUCGCCGAGACUGAGGACGAUGACAGUGCCACGCCCACCGCCAUUGUCAGGAAGGUUCCAGUCAGUGAAGGGCCUGAGGCUGGUGCACCGGUCCACGAGGCGCCUGUGAUCGAGCAGAACGAGCGCCCCGCCCAGUCAACGCACGCUUCCAAGGAGGAGCACCCUCGCAGCGAGUCGGUGCCGCCCAUGCACAGCCCGACCCUCAUGCCGGGCGGCCUCUCGAUGUCGUCCCUGCCGACUCGUCUCAGCGUCUCUCCUGUGGCGGAGGGAGUGGCCGCGCGCCCCGCGCAGCGCUCAUCGAUCUUUGCUAUGGCCGCAUCGGCCGCAUCUGCUGUCUCGUCUGCUGUCAGCUCGGCCUUCGCCGACGCGUCCGAGACGCUCGAUGAGAUCGACGAGAAGAUCGAGAAGACUGUAAAGGCUGCACCCGCAAUCGCCAACAUUGUCCCCACCGCGACUCCCGGUAAGGCGGCUGCUGUCAACGCCACAGUCGUGCAAACCGGCCGCGAGUCGCGGCAGGGAUCUGUAUUUUCUGCCCGUCGCCGCGGUUCAUCAUCUGACGACGGCGCUUCGAUCUACACCACCCCCAUGACUGACAUGGACGGUGACUAUUUUGACUCGCCGAGCGCGUCGACCACGAGCUUUGAGACGGCCUCGUCCAACGCCACCCUCUCUCCCGAGACCCACACCUCGAUGCUCCCCAGCUAUUCGAACAGUGCGCGCCCGCCCAGCAUCGCCCUGUUCGAUGACUUGCCACAGCCACCCUUCGCCCGGCCCGCGGCCGAGCGUCGCGGCUCUAUGCCAGCCGCUCUGGUCGCGAGUGCGGCACGCAAGCGCGGCGUCUCCUCGCCGAUAAUGGGCUCCUCGGAGCUGCCAUCGGUGACGAUGCCCUCUGCUCUCGGCAUCGGCUCGCGCAGCGGGUCGCGCCAGGGCCAGCGCUCCGCAACUAUGCCUAUCUCUACUUCCGACAUUGCGAACUUCACUCCACCGACCCUCCCCGCCGCCUCUGCCGACGGGCACUCGGAAGAGUCGAGCACUUUCCACCUCGACACGGAGACCAUCACCGACUCGCCCACCGAGAACUUUGCCGCGCUUCCCGAUUCUCCCACCUCUCCGCGUAGCCCGCGCAGCCGCAUGCGCGACGCCAGCAGCAUGUAUGUCGUGCCGUUCAGCCCCGAGAUGGAGGAGCUGCAGCACAACGAGGCGCGCACGCAGACCUCGUCGAACUACGUGCCCUCGUCCGGCGUGCGCGAGCACGUGCGCCGCGCCUCUGGCGGCAUCCGCAACGCCCUCGCCGCAGCGGGGUUUGGCCGUAGCGACGAAGUGCGCACUGUUGUCUCGGGGCAGGCCCAGCCCAUCGUCCCAGAGAUGCGCAAUAGCGUCGCGGUCGACUACUCCUCGCCUGGAGGAAGCAAGCGCGCGUCCGCCGCCCCCGUCGGGCUCGGCAUGUGGACCGCCGACGAGAUUGAGGAGCUCGGGCCUUUUCGUCGCAUAGCUGAAGCCGACACGUCUAUGGAGGAGAGUUGGUCAUCGGGCAGCGACGACCACGAGUCUCCGCGCACACCCCGCACACCAGAGCUCGAUGCCCUUGUCACCCCCUCCGUCCUCCCCGGCCCCGGCACACCAUCGCCCGCCGACAAGGGCCCAAAGCGCACAGGCGCGCCGUUCCGCGCCUUGCACGUCGAUAUGGCCGCCGAGGCCUAGUUUCCCCCAAGGGAUUUAAUGUAUCUUCCGGAUCGCGGCCGGCGCGCCGCUUGUAGUCUUAUCCUACGUACUAUAUACCCCUAUAGCAAAUGAACG